CUUUUGUAUGUUGGUUGAUAGGUAGGUAGUUCGAUUGUGUGUGUGUGUGUGUGUGCGUAUAAGUGAGUUUGAUCUAGAAUUUUUAUCAAUAUAUAUACUACACAUAUAACAAAUAAGUGAUCCAGUUAUGAAAAUUUAACCGAAUUCAUACAACGUUUCGUAUCAUCGACGCAUCUAUCAUCAUACAUAGAAGAUGAUAUUUGUAAUUGGUCCGUAAAACUGAUUCAAUUCACUUCACAUUGAUUUGAAUGAUUGAUUUUGAAUGAUAAAUAUCUCUCCUCUUACAAUUUUCAAUUCUCAUUAAUUUAUGUCAUCCAAAAAUACAAAUACAAAUAAUAAUAAUAAUAAUAAUAAUUCAUCUAAACAAGUAAACAAACAUCAAACUACAAAAAAUAAACAUACAAAGACCCAAAUCACUACCAAAACAGAAGUGAAGCAACCUUCACAUCCGUUAGUGAGUCUAAAAGACGCUGAAAAUGCCAGAUAUAUUUGGUUAACAAGAAAAACACAACGAAGUACACCAGUUUUAAACCAAGAACGACAAUAUGGUCGAGUCAAUUUGAUUUCCACACAUCGAGGAGAAUCUCCACCUAGGAGGGGUAAAAGUGAAACUUCAAGCGCCAGAGCAGAACAUAGAGGAGGAUUAUUUAAUGUACAUAUGAAUAAUAGAACUAAAGCACCAUAUUACAUUAUACAUCCUGAAUGGUUAAGUGAGACGAUAACAAUACGACAACUUGGCUUAUCACCUAGACCAACUCCAUUGCCAAUAACCAAUGGUCUAAACGAUUACCAAACGAAAAAACGCAGUCAUACAACAAAUUCCCUUUGCCCAGAAUCACCAAGUAAAAAUAUGUAUACAGAUUCGUUGAGUUUAGGACAAUCAUCUUUCUAUCGUUGUAGAAGUUUACCACCGAAAUCAAUAAACCCAAUAACAUGGGAUUAUUAAGAAAAUAAUUUUUUUUUUAAGAACAAUGAAAUAAUAAUUAUAGACAUUAUUUUAU